AUGAGCCGGAGUUUUGACUCAUAUGUUGCCAACAUGUCUCUGUCACCCUGGAGUUACAAAGUGUCCGAUGUGGCGUCUCGUCUCCCCAGGGUGAUUUCAUACGCCCACUGUCUGACUUCUGCUUGUCUCAGCUACCCCAGUGGAGGUGAGGAUGCCACUUUGGAAGUCAAACCUAUCAAGUACCAGGUCCUGGUUCUGCACAGAGUCCCAAACCGAAAACCAAAGAGCAACUCGAAGAAGAAGAGGAUGAAGUUCAGGCUGGAAACGGAGACAAUCACAGUGGGCUGUACAUGCAUAAGGCACAGUGUUUAA